AAGAAGAAGAUCAUGAUCCUGGCUCCACUGGCUCGGUGCUGAUAUGUCGGCGUUGCUCUGCCUCGUAGCAGGAGCACUUUUUUCUUACGUGCUAGUUUAUUACAGCGUGUUUAGGGGAGCUCGGUGCUCCAGCUCAGUGAAGCUGAAUGGGAAGACGGCCAUUGUGACAGGAAGCAACACUGGCAUCGGCAAGGCCACGGCUCUUGAUCUGGCGAAGAGAGGGGCCAGGGUGAUCCUCGCCUGCCGCAACAAGGCCAGAGCUGAAGCAGCUGCUUUCCACAUCCGUAGAGAGAGCGGGAACAACCAGGUGCUGUUCAUGCACUUGGAUCUGGCGAGUUUCCAGUCUGUGCGCUGCUUUGCUGAAACCUUCCUGAAGACUGAACCCAGACUGGACAUCCUCAUCAACAAUGCAGGUGUGAUGGGGCCAGGGCGCACUGCGGAUGGUUUCUCCAUGGCGUUUGGAGUCAACCACCUGGGUCACUUCCUGCUCACCAACCUUCUCCUGGAGAAGCUGCAGCAGUGCGGUCCCAGUCGCGUGGUCACUGUGGCUGCACUUCUGCACCGCUGUGGCAGCGCUGACUUCCCUCUGCUGGCUCCCAAGAGGGACCUGGUCUCCGGUCAGUCGACCUGGCACAACGUCCGAGCUUACUGCAACAGCAAGCUGUUUAAUGUGCUCUUCACCAGAGAGCUGGCCAACCGGCUGGAGGGCACCAGUGUCACCUGCUACAGCCUCCACCCAGGGGUCAUCCACACAGAGCUGUGUCGCAGUAUGAGCUUUUGGCUGCAGCUCCUCAUGAUUCCCUUUGCCAAGGUCUUCUUCCUGGAUCCUGAGGGGGGGUCCCAGACCACCCUGUAUUGUGCCCUGCAGGAGGGCAUCGAGCCUCUCAGCGGACGUUACUUCUCCAACUGUGCACUACAGCCAGUGGGUGCCAAGGGGCGAGAUGAUGCCCUGGCAAAGAAGCUGUGGGAAGUGAGCGAGAGGUUAACCAGAUCCUCCUCACAGACUGAAUCCUGAUCUCUGUGAAUGUCAGCAAGACUAAGCAGCUGAUAGUGGACUUUAGGGAGCAGGAGAGGAACCACCAACCCCUCUGGAACAGCAGGGCGUCUGUGGUGAAGGUGGACAGCUUCAGGCCUGGUCCUCUCACAUCACCAUCGGGGAGAAGAAAGCCCGUCAGCGCCAGCCCCCGGUUUGAGAACCCCACCAAGGAGGAUUACAUGGCCCCGCAUUCAAUGUGAACUCUGUCUACCACACAUUUCCAGCAGGAGGUGCAGGGUGGGGAUCCACUGAGAGGAUCAUAAAAGACCUCCAUCAUCCCAACAGCAGACUUCACUCGGCUGCUCCCGCUGAGGCCAAAACAGAGAGGACGGGGGGAGUUUCUUCCCAUCAUAUUGUUUUACUGCUGCUUCUGUAAAAUGUUAUUACGCUACAAUAUUUUAUCUAUUCUAUUUUUUAAAUGUUAUUUCUUUCUGGAGCAAUGCACAAAACAAUGUGCGAUUGUGUACGUGACUAAUAAACAUGUGCAAUUGGAGAAGCUUCUCUGCUGUAGAGAAGAACAUGUGAUGCACCCGGUUCACUCCGGAGUCGGGACCAAGCGAGUCAAGACAGAACGGGGACGUUUGCCGCUUUAUGAUCGGCUGCAGUGGUUCAUGUUUUGGCAGUUUUCUACAAAACGAUGGGCAGACGUGCUCGUGGCAGACUUUAUCUGGACAAUGUGACCAUGGAGUGGCAGUAAAGGAGUCUCCUGACGGGUGUCUUGGCCCCGUGUGGCCACAGGGGGGCAGUAGCGUCGCACCGCUGUGCGGCGCCUGUGUGGUUGUUGCUUGGAGCAAGGUUGUUGAGGACCUUAACCCAGCAGACCUAUGGAUUCUGUUCAUUAUGAGCACUGAUUAUUAACACGGGUAGGCGUGAAAGUCAGGUCACUUGAGAGUGUUAAGAGAGGUGCUCUUGUAAUUACUCAGUAGGACAUUCUUGUGCGCAGCCUUCUCCUUUCACCUCGGCGUUGGGGAGGAACACACUUGCACGAUCGAUUCCUAUCUCCUGCUGCCUUCAUGUAACCUUCUGUGGUAAACUCGGCUCCUCACUGGGUCUUUCCAGUACCAGCUCAGCACUUCUUCUCCUCACCUGCUCCAGGAAAUGGUUACAGGCAUUAAGGAGAAGCACCUCAAUUGAGAUUAUGUGCAAUUUAAAUGAAACAUUUACUUUACUACUUAUUUAUUAUCAUAUUUAAAAAAAAGUGUUUUUCCCGUGAACGUUUUUUUUCUCAUUUUUGGGAGUUUUUCCUCAUCCGAUGUGAGGUCCUGGGACAGGGAUGUUGUAUAUGUACAGAGUCUAAAGACUUCUGAGGCAAAUUUGUAUUUUGUGAUAUCGGGCUGUCGAAAAUAAAUUCAAUUGAAUUGGAA